UAGAGCCUUGGAGCUGGACGCCUUGAACUAGAUCUAAAAUCCACUCUGUCAAACCAUGUUAUGUGCCUGUAACUGAGUCCUAUCUGAGAAACCUGAAAAACAACAUUCAAGAAGUGAACUUCAGUGCCUACACACUUGUGCCAGGAAGAGUGAUGGUUCUCCCUACGAAGUAACAGAGGAUACAGCAAAGAACCGAAUAGCAAGCUGAGUAAGGCAGUAUCCCACCACACCACAAACAAAAGACCUUUUAGCAAAAACCAAAAGUGCACUCCAAAACAAGAAGAGUUCUCCACUUGAAUGCAGAGCAACAGCGCUCAGUCAAACACAACAUUGGACAUCAUCCUCGAAGGCUUGGUAUCAUAAACCUGUUUAUCUGGGCCAAGAUAAAUUAGAACUCUAAAUAGCCAGUAAACAGUAAACAGUCAGCCUCUUCUGUGUUAUAUGUUUGUCUGUCUUGUCUUUCUUGCGUCCUGUCUACUAUGUUGAUAUAUAUGCAAUUUUUGUAUUUCUGUAAUCCUCGUGUUCAUCAAUAAAUUGUGUUAUUCUGUUUCUUAAAAUAAGUGAGUAUAAGAAGUGUCACAUUUACACGCAUGGGAGGCAUUGGGGGGGGGGUCUAGCUACUGCUGACCCACAAGUGCAGGGGGUAAUCAGGUGUACUAAUGCCUCUUCUUCCCUCCCUACAGGAGCAGUAGGACCUAGUCUCCUCUCUCCUCUGACUCCAGAUCACGCCCUCGGAUGACCAUUUCCCUUCCAGAGGUCCUGCCUCUUCCCCUUCCAAAGCAAUCUAUUACAGGUAUGAAAUACUGGAGAAAUUGAACAGUGAAUGAACAUGAAGAGAAAUUUUAAUGAAAACCAUACAAGACAUUCUGCAGGCUAUCAGCAAAUGCCAUUAUACACUCUUAAGAAACAAGGUAACAUAACCCAACCACUGAAUCCUAUUGAAAGUGAGUUUUAUUCAUGCAAUGAAUAUUUGCCAACACAGCAUUAUGACCCUUCUUUCAUGUCAUCAGGAAUGAAUGUGUAUCCUUCUUUCCUUCAAGCAGGAAGUGAGGAUCCAUUGGUACAUAACAGUCAGCAACUGACUCCAGAAACUUACAACUUAAGAUCAUAUGCUACACAACCUGGAAAACUUCUUACAACAUUGCCUCGUUUGGACUCUGGAACGAGACGUCAACUAUUUAAUCCAGGAUCCUGGAAAGAAGACGAUAUUUUGAUGAAUAGAAAACAAAAUGAUGUUCUGUUAUGGAGUGGGCAGUGUCAGGGAAGAUUAAAUGCAAAUAAUUCUUGGAGGAAUAGUCCCAAUGAUCAACAUUGUUUCCUGCAACAAGUCAGUCCUUCAUGGACAACCAGUGAGAGAGAGUUUCAGUGGCCAGUACCUACUUCAAAUACAUUUCCUAAAAUGGCUAAAUAUAAGAAUGCUUCAUGUUCAGUAAAACCUUCUGUGGCAAUAGAAUACCAUAAGAAGUCACAGGUUAUGACGAGUCAACCAGUAAAGAUCCAAACUACAGCUAAAAAUACACUUCGCAUUUUGACAGCUUCAAUCGAAAAGCUUAAGGAAUGGAGUCAUUACUGCGAGAGAGUACCUUUACUCUUUGAAGUUUUUGCUACCCUUGACUCUGCUGUUACAUCUGAUAAAAUGAGUGCAAAGAACUUUCUUUUAAGAGAUGAAAGAGCAACAGUACAAUGUGUGUUUUAUGAAAUAGACCGUGACCUUCCACGAUUUAUUCGAGGCCAAGUUCAUAGAUGUGUUGGCAAUUAUGACCGAAAAAAUGGCAAGUUGAAGUGUGUGUCAGUACGACCAGCAACAACAUUAGAACAAAAAAAGUUCAUUGAGUCAGUGAGAGUUUCAGAUAUUGAAGUUAAAAAGUUUAUUGCAAAUGUUAAAGAAAUUUAGAUGUCAGAUGUUUUCAAAAUCUCAGUAUGUAGGUAUCACUUCUUAAUUUAUAUCCUUAAUACUGUUAUUUCAAUAUUCUAUUCACAAUUGUUUGGUUCUAAAUAAUAUGUUCCAGCAUGAUACAGACAUUGUUUUUGUAGUAUUGU